AUGGGCAUCUUCAACACUCUUCCGGAAGGGCUCGAUGAAGUCGAUGUGAUCAUCGCGGGAGGCGGUGCCGCCGGCUGUGUGGUCGCCGGCCGCCUGGCGGCGGCGUCACCCGAGCUCAGCAUCCUGGUGGUAGAGGCGGGGAAAGACAACACCGGGAAUCCCAUGGUCGAGCAGCCCAUCAUGUUCUGGAAAAAUAUGGACCCGGCCGCCAUGACGUCGACGUUUCACGACGCCAACAAGAGCGGGGAGGCACUGGGCAGGAAGAUUGUCAUUCCGUCGGGUGGCAUCCUGGGCGGAGGGACCAGCGUGAAUAUGAUGGCAUAUGCGCGCCCCCAGCGAUGCGAUCUGGAUGCGUGGGGGAUACCUGGCUGGGCGGCGGACGACAUGCUGCCGUAUUUUAAGAAGUUCGAGACAUACAAAGGGCUAGGCCCCGACGCCGUCCACGGCAAAACGGGGCCCAUCCAGGUCUCGGACGGAUCCUUCCGCAACGAGGAACUGACGGCCGACUUUAUCAAGGCCGCUGGCGCCUGCGGCUACCCGGAGAUCAAGGACGCACAGGACAUGUCUUCUGUCAACGGCACGGCCCCCGCCUCGCGCUUCAUCUCGACUUCUGGGGCGCGCCAGGACACGGCCAGCAUCUAUGUACACCCGCUGCUGCGCGACGGCAAGCACCCCAACCUGCACGUGCUGACGGAGCACAAUGUCGUGCGGGUGAUCUUCGACGGCGACAAGCGGGCCAGCGGCGUCGAGGUGACGCCCAACCCCAUCCACCAGGAAGGGUCUGGUGCGAGGAUGGAGGUUGUGCGGGCGCGCAAGCUGGUCGUCUUGUCGGCUGGCUCAUACAGCACGCCGCUGAUCCUGGAGCGGUCGGGCGUCGGGCGCGCAGACGUGCUGCGUCGCGCGGGGGUUCCGCUGGUGGCCGAGGUUCCUUCGGUGGGUGAGAAUCUUCAGGACCAUCACAUUACCAUGUGGCCCUACCGAUCCAGCUUCGAGGCCAAGACACUGGGGACGGAGCUCCUAGUCGCGCCGCCAGAGGCCGUGCAGCAGCAGGACAGGCGCCUCGGAUGGAACUGCCAGGAAGCAGUGUUCAAGGUGCGCCCAACCGACGCAGAGGCUGCGGCGAUCGGGCCGGCCUUCAAGGCCAGGUGGGACGAAUACUUCGCCGCCGAGCCUACGAGGCCGCUGGCAAGCUUUAUCGGUAUCGCGGGCUGUAUCCCCCUUCCUCCAAACGGCCCACCCUGUGAACACAUCCUGCUGUCGACCUUCACGUGCUACCCCAAGAGCCGCGGCUACGUCCACAUCACGGGGCCGUCGGUGGCCGACAAGCCUGACCUGGACGUGGCGGUGCUGACCGACGACGGCGCGGACCUCGAGGCCAAGGUGUGGGUGUACAAGAAGGGGCGCGAGAUCAUGCGGCGACUGGCGCACUACCGCGGCGAGGUGCAGGCGCUGCACCCGGCCUUCCCCGAGGGCUCGGCGGCGUCGCUGGUGACGCUGGCGGUGACGGAGCCGGCGCCGUUCGACGCGGCGGCCGGGCCCGUGCCGGAAAUCGUGUACAGCGCCGAGGACGAUGCGGCCAUCGCGGCGCAGGUCCGAGCGAUGGUGGCGCCGACGUGGCACUGCCUGGGCACGGCGCGCAUGGGGGCGGGCGUGGGUGACGGCGCCGUGGACGCGCAGCUCGACGUGUUCGGGGUGCAGGGCCUCAAGGUGGCGGAUCUGAGCGUGGUGCCGGGGAACGUGGCGGGCAACACGGCUAGCCUGGCUUUGGCGAUUGGCGAGAAGGCGGCCGACCUGAUGGUGAAGGAGCUGGGCCUUGUGUGA